AUGUUUCCAGUGAUACUGAAGAUGUUUGCAAUCCUAGCAAGCCUAUCAGGCUCCGUCACUGCUGUGCAGGUGACCGUCCCCGUGAGCGUGGUGAACGUCACUGUGGGAGCCUCUGCCACCCUCCUCUGUACGUUCACUUCCACACUGCCCCUGAGCGACGCUGUCAUCCAGUGGUCUUUCCACCACUCCUCGGAGCUCCAGUACGCCACCGUGUAUUAUUCUCAGCACGGACAGUCGUACAGCAUUGGCGAGUUCAAGGACAGAGUGGUGGCUUCCUCAGUCCCCGGCAACGCAUCCAUCACCAUAACCAACCUGCAGCCUUCCGACACGGGGGUCUUCAUCUGCGACGUCACCAACAGUCCCGACUUUGAAGGCAGUAACCAAGGCAGCGUUUUGGUGAACGUGUUAGUCAAACCUUCGCCGCCAUUCUGUCACGUCGGAGGGAAAACUGAGACGGGGCACCUGAUCUCACUCACGUGCUUUUCGGCAGUAGGGAAGCCGCGCCCGCAGUAUCUGUGGUACAAAAUAGACACAGGGACCCUGAUACCCAUCCAAGAACGAUACAAUCCAAGAUCGGGGAUUCUGGUGAUCGGGAACCUGACCGAUUUUGAAGAAGGAUACUACCGGUGCAUCGCCACCAACAGCCUCGGGAAUGCCUCCUGUGAGAUCGAUCUAACGUCCGGACAUUCUGAUGCCGACAUCAUUGCUGGGGCGUUAAUUGGAGCCGUCCUGGGAGCCCUUCUCAUCUGCCUGGUGGUGUGGUUUGUCAUGACCAAGAUCGCGUCGAAGAGGAGGAAAGAGAAAGUAACAGCAGAGAGGCGAUCAAUGACAAGGGAACUCCCAACCUCUGUGUACGAAGCGGUUCCUGUCGGAGAAGUGGCACCUAUUACAGCAACCCAAGUCACGGGGUCCCCCAAGAACUCCGUUCACAACACCGAUGAGGUGGAAGGAGAGGAGGAGUCGGAAGUGGUCCCAGACACUGCUGGAGAGUCCCUUCAGUAG